AUCACGCAGGGUGAGUCUCACUUCUCAGUCGCCACUCGGUCAUCCUGCCGAACGGGUGGGUUCGAGAGUAUCGAUCUAUUCGCGCGCUUAUUCUCAAACACAAAAUCGUAUUCGAACACGGUUCUUUCCCGCUUCCUUUAACCUUCAGAGUGGGAUUGGUCUUGAAGAUUCGUGGAUAAAUUGUUAUUUGAACAUAGUGUUUGUAUCGUCGUUUCAUUACCAGGAUAUAUUAGGCCUCAGUGCGAUUUGUGCAAUUUGUGUGUGUGUGGUGCCGCAACCGGUCAGCGCGUGUCCCAACACAGCACCCCACGACGAUCGAUCGGCUCGAGAUACGAUACGAUCCAGAGAGAAACGAUGGACGGAACCACCCUUCUACGAGACGAUAGAUAAGGAACAACAUAUGUGUUAUCGCCUUUCAUUGCUAUCAUUUGGACAAUUUCAAUUAUCAUCGUUUGAUCACCAAUCGUCAGGAAAAGACCUAUCUGUAAACACGGGAUCGAAUGCAAAGAAUCAUCCUGAAUUACGCCAAGACUUGUCAAAAACGAAGCCUCACGUGAUCGAGUUGCUGACAUCGCAAAGUGCUUCUCAUCGUGAGAUAGCACAUCCACUCAAGACGAUGAUGUGACUGUUGACAGUUAACGUCUCACAUUCAGCCAAUCUCUACGGAGGGAUGUCCUCCUCCGCGGAUACCGCCUGCACGGACGCUGAGGAGGACACCGAGGAUGUGGAGAACGACGUCACGGGUACAACGGCGCAGUCGUCACGUCACCUGUCGUCGUCGUCGUCGUCGUUGUCAUCAACAUCAUCGUCGUCGUCGUCGCGAAUCCGUUGCCGCGAGAGCGAUCACUUGGAAGGAUUGCGGUUAGAUGGGUCAUCGGUCGUGUAUCGUCCGCCAUCGUCCGACGAUACUUCCGGGAGCAUCGUCGAAGACUCUCGUCCAUCGAUGCUUUGGGCACGCUAUUAAGAAGAGGGCGAGACCGUUGCACUCAUUGCGAUCACCGACAACAUACGCAAUCAUCCUCGAGGAACGACGGUCAGGUGGAUCGAUCGGUGCCACACUUCGAUCGAUCGUCCACCUCUACCUUCUCCUCUUCCUCCUCCUUCUCCUCCUUAUCCUUCUCCUCCUCCUUCCCCCCCUCGUCCACCUCUUCCUCCUCCUCCUCCUCCUCCUCCUCCUCCCCCGCGACGGCUCGAUUAUCAGGCUUUUCCAGUCGAUACUUAUUCCGUACGUAUUCAACGAAUUGCACGAUCGCAUUUGGGAAGUACUGGCUGCUGGACCGAUCGAUAGAUCAUCGUGGUCGACAACCACGACCGAUGUCUUCGACGAGGUGAGGUCAAGAAAAUCGAUAAACGAAUUCGCCGAAUCGAGCGUGCGCGGUGAGACACGUGCGACUGGAAUUCCAAAUGAGCACCGAACGUGCAAAUCGAUAAGCGAGUUUGAAGCGCACUCGAGGGUCCUCGAAAGGCCAGGUGGAUCAUCGAUUAGCAAUACGCCAGGUGUUGAGCUGUCCUUUAGGUCAAUACUAAUCCUCUCGAGCAUUGUCGUCCUCCCGGUUGGAUCAUUAAUCCAAUUUGUAAAAUCGAUCCAGCGAAAGAAUAGCGGAAUAAACUGGCUCGAAAGAAUCGUUGAUCUAAAAAAAAGAUUCUCAAUAAUUGCUCGACUGAUCUUUGCCUUCCAUCGAUUAUUAAAUGAACGAAUAAUUACACGUGUUAAACACGUGUCAAUUGUUUGGCGCAAAUUGAGCGUAUUGGUAAAUCAGUUUUUCCAGCCGGUCAUUGUCGAGGCGAUCGAUUUUUAUGAAACGAUCCAUUCGUCUUUUUCCUCGCCAAGGAAAUCGUUGAUUCAUGUAGCUGCUCCAUUCCGAGGUGCCGUAAUGACGUCAGAAAGAAGGACAUCGUUCAGGUGACGAAAGAAGUCGUCGUUCUCAUCCUCGCCAUUAUUUAUCAAAGAAUCAUCGGCGGAAGUCUUUUUGAACCUCCUUUUUGAUCGCCUAAUGGGCUAGUAAACAGCACGAGAAUCCACGACAAGAAAAGCCUUCCAAGAAAUUUGCAGGCUUCUCCAUUUUUCGUUGUUUUAUUCGUCGAAAAUUGGUCUAGAAAUCGUGGACAACCAUCAUAAUCUUCAACGCCGAAGCAAAACGUCAAAACUGAUUUAAAACUUGUCUUAUAAAUUCCAUAAGCGACAAAAUGCUUUUAUUGAUUUGUCGGAAGUAAUCAUGAGAAACUAUCAGAUGUUUUUUUCUGUCGAAAGUGCUGUGGAAUUAUUACUGUGAAAUUGUAAAAUCCCUUUGAAAAACUAAGUGCUCGCUUCGGAAAGCCACUUGUUACACGUAAUACCACGUUAAAAUUGUUUUAACGUGGUAUUCCAGACUUUCCUCGGGUAAGUGCUGGCACUAAGUAGUUCGCGCGCGUCAUACGAUAGCAAUCUAAUGAAUCGCAAUAGUGAAUCGUCGCGUUCGAGCGUUAUCGCAAACGAUUCCAAGUGCGUGAAGUGUACCAUCAUUUUGUUACAUGUAUACCAAAAGAUAUAUCUAAUGUGAAUCACUGGUGACAGCGAGUGAAAAGAGUCAGACAGAGAGAGAGAGAAAGAGAGAAAAACUACAAAAGAUUUUCGUUAUGUAUCGCAAGUGGCUGUAAUCAAUAGUAGCCGGCAUAUGCCGGCUGAGAUCCUGAUAGCCAUUGCAGCGACCAGGAUCUGGGACCAUUUAAUAAAGAAAGGAUGCCAGGGGGGCGUAGGGGCCUAGUAGCCCCUCAAAACACGUUCCUGGAGAAUAUCAUACGACGCAGUAGCAGUCAACCCGACAGCAGUUUUCUACUAGCAAACGCCCAGAUCGUCGACUUCCCGAUUGUCUAUUGCAACGAGAGCUUCGUCAAAAUCUCUGGCUACAAUCGUGCCGAGGUUAUGCAAAAGUCAUGUCGUUGUGGAUUCAUGUACGGGGAGCUAACGGAUAAAGAAACGAUCGCCAGGAUUGAGGAAUGCCUCGAGGGUCAGAUUCACGAUCAAUUCGAGAUCUUGCUGUACAAGAAGACCAGUAGCCCAAGAGAGACACCAUUAUGGCUGCUGUUGCAAAUAGCGCCCAUCAAAAACGAACGAGACCUUGUGGUCUUGUUCCUGCUGACGUUUCGAGACAUUACCGCCCUGAAGCAACCCAUCGAAACAGACGACAGCAAAGGCGGUCUUUCCAAGUUUGCCAAACUCGCCAGAUCAGUCACCAGAUCGAGAUCGGUCCUUGUUUCCCAAUUCAGCUCUCAUCUGCCGGCCUUGAAAGACACAGCCGUACCGACUACCACCAAACAAUCGCAUCUGGGUCAUAUGAUGUCCUUAAGUGGCGAUGUUAUGCCACAAUACAGACAAGAAGCGCCGAAAACGCCGCCACACAUUUUGUUACAUUACUGUGCAUUUAAGGCAAUUUGGGACUGGAUCAUUUUGUGUUUAACUUUCUACACAGCCAUCAUGGUGCCGUAUAAUGUCGCGUUUAAAAAUAAAACUAGCGAAGAUGUCUCCUUAUUAGUUGUAGACAGUAUUGUCGACGUGAUAUUCUUUAUCGACAUUGUUCUAAAUUUUCACACAACGUUUGUUGGUGCUGGUGGAGAAGUUGUGUCUGAUCCGAAGGUAAUCAGAAUGAACUAUUUGAAAUCUUGGUUCAUCAUAGAUCUACUGAGCUGUCUACCAUAUGACGUUUUUAAUGCCUUCGAUCACGAUGAGGACGGAAUAGGUAGUUUGUUCUCGGCUUUGAAAGUGGUACGGCUGCUGCGACUCGGUAGAGUCGUACGCAAGUUGGAUCGUUAUCUGGAGUACGGUGCCGCGAUGCUCAUUCUUCUGCUCUGUUUCUACAUGUUGGUUGCUCACUGGCUGGCCUGUAUUUGGUAUUCGAUAGGAAGGUCGGAUGCCGACAAUGGGGUGCAAUACUCGUGGUUGUGGAAGUUGGCCAACGUUACCCAGUCACCGUAUAGCUACUUGUGGACCAAUGCCAGCACCGCACCCGAACUAGUAGCUGGCCCAUCACGCCGCACGAUGUAUGUCACUGCUCUUUACUUCACAAUGACUUGCAUGACUUCCGUGGGCUUUGGGAACGUUGCAGCCGAAACUGACAACGAGAAGAUUUUUACCAUCUGUAUGAUGAUUAUUGCUGCUUUAUUGUACGCCACGAUCUUCGGUCAUGUCACCACAAUUAUCCAACAAAUGACGUCCGCUACCGCCAAGUAUCACGAUAUGUUAAACAACGUGAGGGAAUUUAUGAAGCUCCAUGAAGUACCGAAAGCUCUUAGCGAGCGCGUCAUGGAUUACGUCGUCAGCACGUGGGCAAUGACCAAGGGCUUGGAUACGGAUAAAGUUCUCAACUAUUGCCCCAAAGACAUGAAAGCCGACAUUUGCGUACAUCUUAACCGGAAAGUCUUCAAUGAACAUCCCGCUUUCAGAUUAGCGUCCGACGGAUGUCUGCGUGCUUUGGCGAUGCACUUCACGAUGUCGCACAGCGCACCUGGCGAUCUACUAUAUCACACAGGAGAGUCUAUCGACUCCCUAUGCUUUAUCGUGACCGGCAGUCUCGAGGUCAUACAGGAUGACGAGGUGGUGGCUAUACUGGGGAAAGGCGAUGUUUUCGGCGACAGCUUUUGGACGAAUCCGACGAUCGGCCAGAGCGCAGCGAAUGUUAGGGCGCUCACUUACUGUGAUCUCCACACAAUCAAGCGAGAUCGGCUAUUAGAAGUGUUGGACUUUUAUCAGGCCUUCGCAAACUCAUUCGCCAGGAACCUGAUUUUAACUUACAACUUGAGUCAUCGGCUUAUCUUUCGAAAAGUCGCCGAUGUCCGUCGAGAAAAAGAAUUGGCCGAAAGGAGGAAAAAUGAACCGCAAUUGGAUCAAGCUCAGGAUCAUCUAGUUCGCAAGAUCUUCUCGAGGUUCAAGAGCGAAGGGGAAAGCCAGAUCGGCGUGUCCAGGACCGUGAGCGGACGGUCUCAGCAGGAUUCCGACGAGGAGCUCACCGUGAACGUCCUGCCACCCUGGCCGAGUUUUAGAUUUCGCCGUGAAAAACACACUGCCGACGUAGAAAAGGGUGACGGUAAAGAUGCUAAGGAUGGUGAAACGUCGCACGCUAAGAAACUCUCUACUACCGAGGAAGGUGGAACAACCAUCACAAAAACACGACCUGGGGGCAAGUGGGGUCGUUUGUUAGGUAGCUCAAGUUUAGAUACUGGUAGUGAAUCGGGCACGGCUGCUGAUCCAUUCAAGCGAUCUCUUAGCGCAAGAGACGCGCGUCCAGGUUCCAGUGUCGGCACCAACAAGGUCUUCCCGAAGUUGGGCAAAUUAGGGGGCACGAUCGAAGAAGGCGGCGAUGUUGAAAAUUCAAAAGAUCCGCAGCAACAGCAGGUGCAGCAACCACAACAGAUCCUCGGCGUGGAUUCGAAGCAAUUGCAACUGCGACGUUUAGAGAGCUACGAUGGUGGUUUGAUUACGCAGCAAUCGAGUCACGAACGAGAGAUUCUCGCGGCGGUACUGGAAGUGAAGGUGGAUUUGAAGCUAGAGGUGCAAAGGGUAAAUCAGCGGUUGGCUAAGAUCGAGGACAUGCUGCAGGCGCUGAUGAACAAAUUUCCGGCUGCCGGAACAUCGUCCAGUGGCAGUAAUAACGGUUCUCAGCAACAAAAGAUUCCGACCUUUACUCUAAGUGGGGCCCAGAGUCAGCAACCUGUCACCUCGAGCGUAGUAACGUUGGUUCAGUCCGCAACUCAAACUACUGAGUGUAGACUCUCGAUCGCUACUACGUCAACAUCCACGACACCGAGCGAAGGUUAUCGGGAGCAGUCGACGGCGACGGAACGCAUGUCGAAAACCAGCCAAGAGCACCAUCAUCAUCAUCAUCAUCACCAUCAGUCGUCAUCAUCACGGGAUGUCAACAAGGAGCUGUUGGAGCGACUGGCGCAGGCUUCCACGUCGCGUGGUGACGAUUCGAAUGCCCUGGGGCCGCUUAUCCUGAGGAAGCGACGCAGCAAAUCGCGUAACAAAGGUGCAGCGCCGCUCGCUCCUCUCGCCACGCAGCCAAUGAGCCCGUCAGAAGCUACGGAGACCACGCAGAUGCUCGAGUGCACCGAUGAUCGGGAUUCGAGCGGUGGCCCGAUCGACAGGGCUGUCGCAGACAGGACCGUCGAAAGAUCUGACCGUAAGAGGCCACCACCCAGACCGAGAGAGUAUUUGUGAAAGUUCUUUUCGCGCUCCGCGCUUAUUUCUUUUCUUCUUCCUUUCGAGACAAUCUACCGCGACGCGGUCCAAAAAGUUCAUUAUUCGAUACGCUUGGUAGUUUAACCUCUCGUGAAAACAUGAGUCUGUAUGGUUGCGAUCACGAUCGAUUAUCUUAUCCUAAAACGUUCACGUAUGUUGUACAUCGAACAAUAGCUAUUAUUUCGUUUGUAUCUCUCUCGUUUGUAUAUUUACGUGUAUCAUGGCAUAUUAGGCGAUGGUUCAUUAUUUUGGUGCAACUGGAAAAUUUAGUUGCUGGCCCACCUCACGUGUGUGCUUGGACUUCUCCAACGACACGAUUGAGUAAAUUAACGCUGCUUCUCUUUGAAUAGCAAACGUCAUUGUUCACAAUUGUAACGUGUCGAUAAUUAUGUCCAUAUAUCGACUUUGAUAAUAUAGACGUAAUAUAUAUUUAAAGAGAAGAGCUUUGCAUUUUCAUUAAUUACUCUUCAUAAUAAAGGAAUAGAUAAGGGAAAUUACAAGAUUUCACCUCGAACAAAUAAAACGCCAGCGUAAUUCUACAUGGCCAAAAGCGAUACAACUAACAAAGAAACGAGGUAAAUAAAUUCAAUUUUAAGUACGAAUUAUUCGCUUGCGACGGCUUUUUCAAGAUACAUCGAAACUCUUUGAGAGAGUACAUCCACCUUGUGGAUACACACACACACACACACACACACACACACACACACACACACACACACACACACACACACACACACACACACACACACACACGUAGGUAGAUACAGAUCACAUGCAUCGCGCAUAGUGGGUUUCGUGAUAGCAUCAUUAUACGAUUAUGCUACAUUUCUAAGCCUCUCUCCGGCCAUAAAAAACGAUUUACGUAAGAACCAUCGACACCAAGCCAAUGUCUCUCUUAACGAGACAGCGCAGUGGUACUUUGUAAUUAUUAAAGCAUUCGCGCAUGUGAUUCGUAAUAUAACUUGUAAUGGUGGUAUCUAAUCAGAUUAUCAAGAGUGUAUAUAGUUCAGACUUGACCAAGUAUAUUAAUUUUCAACAAAUAUCAUGAAGCAGACUCAAAAAUGACUUUUACACCCAAAAAUGAAAAUACGUUACAAAAAUAUAAAACGAAAUUAAUAGUACAAUAAAAUAAUUAAAGUUUUAUAUAAGAAAAUGAAAUAAUUAAAUUUUCUUCUAUAAUUUUAUUUUUUUUAGUAAUACUAUAGAUUUCAUGAUAUUAAAAUUUAUGGUACUUGUUGAAAGCUAAAAAAGGUCUAAACAGACAAAUAAUUUUUUAAAAGUUUUAGGUGAUUGAUUUAAAUACAAAUAUAAAAAUUUCUGACUUAUGAAAACUGUAUACAUUUUCGAAAUUACUUUUUUCUUUAUAGUAUAAAUUUAAAUAGUAUUUUUAAUAUCUUUAAAGUUUAAAAUUAGUAAUUUAUUUAUUUCAAAAUUAGUAAUUGGAGUUUUAAAUAUAUUUAUUGUCUUAUAUUUUAUUUUGCACAAUUAAUUCAGUUAUUUGAAACAGUUAGAUUGAGUGCAUAUAUAUGAUAUUUAAGCAUAUUUUCCUAUAGACAGAUAGAAUUUGUAUUGCAAUAGCAAAGGUACCUGAAUGUAAACUCGAAGGCUUCAUGGCGUCAAUAAUUUUUUCCUUUGUAGGAGAAUUAAUCAAAGAUUUUAAUACGCGGUUUGAGCACUUCUGAUAGAUAAGAGGAUUUUAUUUAAAAAUACUUAGAAUCUUCAAUUAAGAUUACGUUUGUGAUUUUCUUUUAAUGUUAAAUGUAUUAAACAGUGUUAUCGAAUAAUGCUAAAUAAUUAGAUCAGAACAGUAGAAGAGCUAAAUCAAAUAAGAAUCGAAAUAAUUGACUCAUCGCACUCAACAAAUAGUCUAUGGAAUUGCAAAUGUGAUCAUUAUUCUAUUUAAAAUGGAAUCUUGAAUGGAAUGAAAUCGACAACACAAUCUGUUGUAUUGACAUGUAUUGUAAAUACAUCUUAAACAGUUUUGAUUAAAACUGAAAUUAAAAUGAUCGAAUCAAUUUUACAUUAAAUUUUAUUAUUUUGAAAUACUUCUGAUAAAACGUUUUGUUUUUUUAUUUUAUUAUUUAUUGAUUUUUAUUGCAUUUUACAUGAGAAAUAAUUAUAAAGCAAUGAAAGUGUGAUUUGACUUCGAGAAUUUGCUCUUCAAGUUUAUGAAGAUGUUAAUUCAUCAAAAGAAGUUUCUCGUGCAAAUAGAUUAGUAUUGUUACGCAAAAAUGACGCUACGUUUGCAAAUUCGUACGAUAUAUAUACGAAGCCAAAACAGCAAUAUUAGAUGUAUAUAUCUUGUAAUAUGACAUGUAUAUAUAUUUGCAUAAUUAUGACCAUACAGACGUGGGAAAGAGCGUUGCUAUUGCUGCAUACGAGGAUAGCGUCUUUGCUAAUGAUAAAACGAGCUGACAAUCAAGCUUUUGCAAAUAUUCAUUAGUUCGAAUUAUUAUCAUAUAAUAUAAUUAUCACAUACUUAAUUAUACGAAUCGAAAUUACUUGCCAUUGCUUCUUGAGGAGAAUAAAAGAAACAAUUAAUUUGUAUCAAUAGUGUGCUAUUGUUUACGUCUAAUUAUCUCUUUAAUUUAAUCUUUUUAUAGUUGUACAAUUAUAAAAAAUUAAUAUUUUUCUAUCCUAAAUAACUAUGAAGAGCAAAGGCACAAUUCUCAUUUGAAAAUAUUUGAUUAAAUCGAAAGUACAGACGCAAAUACGCGUGCACACACGUAAAAUACACAUAUACAUAUAUUUGCCCGUGUACAUAUACAUAAAUAUUAUAGGUAUAUAUAUAUAUAUAUAUGCAAAUAUAAUAAAAGACAAAGAAUAUAUAUAUAUAUAUAUAAGUAUACACAUAUAAAUAGAGAUAUAUAUAAUUUCCUGUUAUGAAGAGAAAUUACUAAAAAAUCGAGAACUUUGUUAAAUAGAUUUUAGAGACAGAAACGAUAUAGCUGACUCUAUCAUAGUUUAUAUACUUAUACUCAAAGAAAAAGAUUUAACACUGUUGAAAUUGUAGCCAUUAAGCCAAUUAAACAAUUAAGUCUGUCGCGCAUCGGUUUGAAAUGCGAUAUGCUGAGAUUUUUCAUAUACUAAUCAUAUCGUACGGACGUCAUUAUAUGCUAAAAUAUUCGAUUUUUGCAAUUUCCACUUAGUUUCGUAAACGAUAGAACAACAUCUGUGUAAAUUUAAUUCAUAACAUGUGGGGUUAUCAUCCGUGCGUUUCAAUAACUAAAGUAUAUCUAUUUCGAGUGACAUCGAUUUGCAUAAUCAAAUAGAUAUGUCACGAAAACAAAGUUAAAAGCCGUAACAGAGAUGAAUAACAAGCAUUAUUUUAUUUUAAUUUUUAUACAACGUUUACAGUUAAAUUAAAUUAAAAAAUUGAGCUAUAAGACGUGUAUUUUGCAAUACCAAUGCUCUGAUUCGUGCCAUAAGAUUCGAAAGAAUCCUUUAGCCGAAAAUGUAGCUACUACUGCAUCUACAACCCAUUACAGCACGAUGAGAAAAGUUAAAAAAAUCCAUUUGUCAAUUACAACUGCCUUUUACUUUCUUCACGUGAAACUUGCACAAUAUGGAAACGUACGCGAUGCGAACCCGAAUAGCAAUUCUGCGCUCCAUUGCUUAAAAAUUGUUCACCGGCUAUAAUGUCGGUUUAUCCGAGAAAUAAUAUUCGCAAUUUCUAUUUGUUACUGUAAAAUACACUCAACGAACUGUAAGUAGCAGAUAUUUCUUUUAGAAUCAAUGCGGUAUCAAAAAGUGACGGCGAGGAAGUGAAGAAUAUAUGUAUGGAACUUCAAUUACAAACGCGAAAGUUUGUAUUCGUUAUCCAAUUAAUUCGUGAUAUUAACACAUGACAGAAUUUAACAAAGUUAAGCACCUUCGGUAGGUCUUAGAAGAUUAUCUCCGUUAACUUCACAAACUACAAUCGAAUGUAUGACAAAAGUUAUGAGAAACAAAAAAAGGAAAUUUAAAUUUAAAAAGUUUAUUGGAAACAUUACGAUGCAAAUACGGUACGAGCGUUUUGAAAUAUGAAAAUAUUAUAAGUAUUGCAUUAAUCGUCGAUAGAACUCUUAACAAUUAAAUUAAAAAUUAUGUAAGAAUGUUACCACACACAGUUUCUGUUAUCCUCUCUUUUUUCUAACUGAAUCUAGAUUUCUAAUAAGGGGCAUAUACAAUAUUACAGCUUUGGACAAAUACUAAACAUAUAAAAUAUGGAAUUAUUUCAAAGAAAAAAUUAAAAUUGGAUAAAGAAUUGCUCGUUGAAUAUCAAGGAAUUUUGUAGAAAAGUCACGAGAGGAAAGCAAAAACGAGAGUGAAAAUGGAUGUGCCUGCGUGUAGUUAUGUAAAAAGUAGAUCUUUUCGUUCGUGUUCUGCCUCAUUUGACUAAAUUGUAAUUUCAUUGUCAUUCGAUUACGUUAAAAAUAUUUUUUAAUAAUAAUUUUUAUUUGUUGCGAAAAUUUAUGCAAAACUUCAAACCUGCAGUAAGAUUUCUUUUAUUUGUGAUAAAAAUUAUACCAAAAAAUAUAGCUAACAUAAAAAAUACAUUUGCGAUAUCAAAACAUAAUUUAAAAUAUUCAUAUUCUUUGCGACAAUUCCUUUCGUAAUUCAUAUUGUACAGCAGAUUAUUAUUGCGUAAAUACGAUAUUACAACUUUUUACAUCAGCUACUUCGCGAAUAAUACGAACAAUCAUCAUUCGAACAACAAUGUCGUAACACGAAUCGUCGUCCCUGACCUUACGUGCUUAUUCGUUCGAAAUAAAGUUUCAAGAAGCAAGUCAAUUCUCGCGACUCGUUACAACGAGUUACUAAUACACGGCAUGUACAAAUCCGCGUUCGAAAGUUGCUGCGAAAGCUUUGAUCAUCAAUUUUCCAAAAUACAAAAUCUACAUAUUGUUUCCACAUAUUGUAUUAUAUAUAUAAUAUUAUAUUAAGCUUUAGAUUUUAGAUCAAGUAAACAAGCCCUAUAGAAGUAAAACGUAUCGAAUUUCAUUAUCAGCGAUAUUCAUUUUUCAAUAUAAAUUAUUUUAAAUCAAGAUCGUUAAAAAGCGGCGAUUUAAAUCUUGGUAUUUUUUUCAUCUCAUGCAAUGUUGAUUAAAAUAAACUUUAAAAUAGUAUAAUUUAUGUAUAUUACCAUUGUGUUUUUAUGUAUACAGCUACGACACGCUAAGUAGCAUGUCACAAUCGUCGCGUGCGAUCUCGAGAGCCUUAAAUAUAGGGAAAUUCGAUACGACGACGAGAGUGUUCGCAACGACCGUCGAAAAAGCCGUGAUAGGUAUUGAUACGAAUUUCAUGGGAAAAAAAUGAUUGAAAAUGGAAAAAACUAUAAAUAUAUAGAUACACAUAUAUAUACGUAUAUAUAUAUAUAUAUAUAUAUAUAUAUAUAUUAUAUAUUGAUAGAAAGGGGAGAGAAGAAUUUUUGCUAUAACACUUCGUCCAUUUUUCUAUAUGGGCAGUUCGUUGCACUCGUAACACAAAUCCUUGGCCUUGUAAAUUGUCCUCUUCAAUCAUUUUUCUGACGAAAAAUACCCCCUGUUUUCACGGUAGAAAGUACGUGUAUGUACAUCGCAGAAAUCGAACGAAAUCAAACUGAACGAAAUCAAAACUUGAUUUUUACGUCUUUCAUGACUCUUUUUCUCAUCCCUUCCUCCUCUAUGUUUUCUCUAUCUGCCUAUUGAAAGAUAAUCUCUUGCGGUUCGAUUUCUACGAUAGCGUGACCACUCUUUACGUAACGACAAGACUCUGUAAAGCUUUGUGGGGCUCAAUAGAGAGUGAUCUCGAGGGUGGAUUUAAGAAUUUGUGAGAGCAAUUUCUCCGCCGAUAAUUUCAAUUUGAAAUGAUCAUUGACGACUGAUAAUGUGAACAGAUGAUAAGUAUCUCAGGUAUUUUGAUGUCAAUUCCUGAGUGAAAAGUACGGAAUGAUUUAUUUGGAUGGUUCAAUAUUCUUAUAAAAAUUGUAUCGUUGCAUUUGCGAUCAAUUUAUGAGUAAAAGUUACAUAGAAUAGUCGAUUUGAUGUUUAGCAAAUAAAGUUUAGUCUUCCUAUUGUCACCGUAUUUGCGUUCAUUCGAAGCAUCGAUUGCGUGAGAAACACAACAAAAAGAAAGAGAACAAAUGGGAAAAUACAAAAAUACGUCCAAUUAUUAUCCAGCAAAUCGUCGUCAAUGAUCACUCGAAGAAUAUCCUUGAGAAAUGAAAUUGUAGCAUCGAACGAAGCCUGGCUAGAAUACUCAAUGAAGAAGCUGCUUUCAAACUUAUAAUAAAAACAUUAAAACCUA